CCAAUUAACACAAGUGCAGCCAACGUUUAUAAACACGAAACUAACGAACCAAUUGCCAAUAUCCCAAGAAAAGUUUAUACUUUAAUUAUUGGUCAAGCUUACACACAAUCAAUUGUUGGUAUUCCAGAUCACAUUAAAACUCUCGAUCUUGGUUAUGCUUUCCAAGGUUUAGUUAAUAAAGGUGAUAUUCCAAACACUGUCACCUCUCUUUCAUGGGGUACAAGCAACCCAGAACAAAAACUCGAAGAAGACAUCAUCCCAACCUCUGUUACAGCUUUAACAUGGUGCGGUGUUUAUUCAAAUGUUUCAUUCUCAAAUUCCUUCAUCCCAAAGAGUGUAAAAACUUUAUCAUUUGGUAAUUGGUUUAACGCUGAAAUUACUGUUGGUUCUAUCCCACAAAGUGUUACCUCAAUCACCUUUGGUUAUCAUUUCAGACAAACUUUAAGUGCUGGUGCCAUCCCUGAAAAAUGUGUUUCACUUACUUUUGGCCACAGUUACAAUGCUCCAAUAGCCGCUGGUGUUAUCCCAAGUAGUGUUGAAACCUUAGUAUUUGGUUAUUAUUUCGAUCAAGCACUCGAAUCUAAAGUUAUCCCAACCUCAGUCAAAACUUUAACUUUACCUGAAAAAUACAGCCAAUCAACCCAAAAU